GAUGACCACCGCAACCCGCUGACAUAAACCUAGGUUAGCUUCGUAAAUCAGAGCCCCGUGCCGAUGAACGACGAAUACCUCAACGUACUCCACCUUCUCAUCCUCAAACCCUCGCUCCAAACACUAACAGCCCUAGUACAUCGAAUCCAUCCCAACUCUCUCCAUGGCCCUCAUCGCCCUUGGCCGCUCCUGGCACACCGAACUCAACGCCCCUAUCUACAAAGCCAUUGACGCGCUAUCUGAGAGCCUUUUUGCCUACUCCUCCGACCUCCUUGAACGCGACCUCCUAACCGGCAACACCACCCUCCCAACGCUCCACGCCUCUGGCUCUCUCUCCAACGCUCAAGCCUGCUGGAGCAAGAUCCUAAACUACCCCGGCGGCGAUCACAAGAGCGGGCACGGGAGUAGUAGUAGCUACCACCGCCGCCGCCGCCGCGUUUCCUUAUCUGCGCGCCGGGCACUCGCUCUGUACUUCAAGCCGGCCAACGAAAAUGGAAACCCAGAAGCAGUCCACACGCUCCCCACCAGCCCGCGUGGCCCGUCUGAUCCCGUCGUCAAUCCCCAUCGUCCCCACCGUCGAGGUCCCCACCGGCGCCGCCGCCAGCUCGUCACAGAAGACGGCGUGAACACCGGCGCCGCCCCCGCAUCUGACCCGCGCCCCCGUCUCCAGUACCGGCGCCACGGCACCAUUCCCGGCCGCUCCAUCGUCCCAUGGGCCUGAUGCCGCGAUUCUACAUUCUGCGUCUCAUGCCUCGGAAACUGAAGUUCAAGCUCGGGAAAUGGAAACGGGUGGUCCAUCCCAGGCUGUGGGUGAAGCAGCGGGUGGGGCGGCGGCUGAUACGGGAGUCGCUGAGGAGUAGGCAGGUGAGGCGGUUGGUUUGGU